AUGAAACCAGACCCACUAACUUUAUUUAGGACCAGGCCCAUCUACCUGCCCCAAAAUCUGAAACCUCACAUACUUUCUCCGGCCACCACUCUUAAACCUCACUUUGCUUCUUCCUCCGAUCACCGGUUUAUAAAAGCCACCGUCGACCCGUCCUUAAAUAUAUCUCACUCUCAGUUUUCCAAAAUGAUGUUAUCUAGAGGUGCAAAACGAUCGUUUGAGAUUCUUUGUGGGCGAGUAAGCACUUCUUUACACUCCAAAUAUGGUUACUCGACGCGAUCAUACGGGGAAAACUUCAUUUCUGAACCCAAAAGAAAUGAAACACAAUGCACUAUUUUGAGAACGUAUUCAAGCGAGGUUUCACCUUCAGAUCAUAUGAGUCUGAUAAAGAAAUUAAGAGAAAGAACUAGUGCUCCUAUCAAAGAGGUCAAGGCUGCUCUUAUUGAUUGCAAUUGGGAUUUGGAGGAGGCUCAAAAGGAACUGAGGAAAAGGGGAGUUGCUCUUGCGUCAAAAAAGGCAUCUCGGGCUGCGGCUGAGGGUUUACUUGCGCUGUCACAGAAUGAUAAAAAGGCUGUUGUUAUUGAGCUUAACUGUGAAACCGAUUUUGUUGCAAGAAAUGAAAUAUUUCAAUAUCUGGCUUCAUCUUUGGCCAAACUGGCGCUAUCUGCUGGAAGUUCAGAACAAGUAUCUGGUCACUUCCCUAUUGGACUUCAAGGUUUGGAGGAUUUGAAGAUAAAUUUUGACCAUCCUAAAUUAAGCGGAGAAACAACAGUUCGGAAUGCAAUCACAGAAGUGGCUGCUAUGAUGGGUGAGAAUGUAAAACUUAGAAGGGGUUUUGCAAUGCCAAUGUCUAAUCACGGUGUCAUAUCUACAUAUCUCCACACUUGUCCUCAUCCCGGGUUGGGGCGUAUUGCUGGAAUUCUGACACUUGAAGUUGAUGACGAAAAUGCUCCACUUGAUGCUGUCCAACGUGUUGGUUCAGAAUUGGCAAUGCAUGUGGUGGCUGCGAAGCCUUUGUUUUUAACAAAAGAACAUGUAUCUUCUGAUGCAGUUCAGAAUGAACGUGAAAUUCUCAAAUCUCAGGCUGAAAGUUCGGGUAGGCCCCAAGCAGCAAUAGAGAAGAUGGUUGAAGGUCGAUUAAGGAAGUAUUUUGAGGAAGUUGUUUUAAUGGAGCAAAAAUUUGUCGUCAACGACACUAUCAAUGUGAAGACGGUCUUGAGUGAACUAUCAAAGGAAGUGGGGUCCCCUGUGAAAAUCGGAAACUUUUUAAGAAUGGAAGUUGGAGAAGGAUUUCAGAGGGACGAUGCAUCUGAAGAUGUAGCUCAAGCAGCAUGAUGAUUUGGUGAUCUCAUUUACCAUAUGUUUGUCGGUUAAUUAUAAUGUGCAUGUACAUUUAGCACGGAUCUUUGUUUCUAGAUAUAAAAAUCAACAUGAUUAAUCUAGAUCUGUAGCGUAUGGAUUGUAACAAGGUUUCGAUAAACCUGAACCUUGAUCAUAAAUUUUGUUUCAAAUUAAUUGUAUGAAUAAGAGUGUGGUGGAACCUGAUGCUGGUCAACACAUUGUUGUUGAUCGGGUCAGCCAAAUUGUCUA